CUACAGCCGUCAACGCAGCUGCACCGACGACUCACUUUCCUUAGCUGGACCGUCGCUGAGGACUCCUGACAUCCAUCAUCUGGUUGACAUUCACCUGAUCAAGGAACCAGAAUGCGGCCGUUGACAGAAGAGGAGAGCAAGGCUGUCUUCACGAAGUUGGCGAACUACAUCGGGAAAAACCUCGUCCAUCUCAUUGACAGGGCUGACGAGCCAUAUUGCUUCAGGCUGCAGAAGGACCGUGUUUUCUAUGUGUCGGAGUCUUCAAUGCGCUUAGGCAUAUCGGUCGCCCGCCCGAAUCUCGUCAGCCUUGGGACAUGUUUUGGGAAGUUUUCGAAAAGUGGGAAAUUCAAGCUUCACAUAACUGCUCUGGAUUAUCUGGCGCAAUAUGCCAAAUACAAGGUCUGGAUAAAACCCAACGGAGAGAUGCCGUUCCUGUACGGCAACCAUGUGCUGAAGGCACAUCUUGGACGAAUAACGGAGGACACGCCUGAACACCAGGGGGUCGUAGUAUUCAGUAUGAACGACAUACCAUUAGGUUUUGGUGUCACGGCUCGUUCCACAAUAGAUACUCGAAAACUAGACCCGACAGCGAUCAUCGUAUUCCAUCAAGCGGAUGUCGGUGAAUACCUUCGCGACGAAGAAACUUUGUUUUGAGACCCUGCGUCUUGGAUAACACAUUUUCACUGGUCUUAUUGCGAGUAUAAUCUUCCUCUGCCCCGUGUAACGAAGUGCUCGGCCGGGUUUAGGGAUACUAAAAGUACACCUCACCUUUCGCUCGAUAUUCACAUGGGACUUUGUAUCAUAUGGCUGUGUUAUGCAUGUACAACGGUGUGUAAUCUCCGGUGAGAAGACGUCGUCCCCGACACAGGUGCAUGGUAUUUGCACCAGGUACUUAGGUACAUAGCUUGAGAC